UUUCCUUAAUUACCACUUUCUCUCUGUGAAUAAAUACCCUUUGAGCUCUUCUUCUCUCUCCAUCUCUCUCUCCCUUUGUUCCUUUGAGACCCAAAAUUUCCUUUGCUCCAUUUUUGUUCCUCUUCUCCUCUCUGAGGAGUCUCUGAGCCAGCUUAGCUCAGGUGUUUUUGUUUUCAGCUGUGAAAAGAUGAAUCACUGUGGCUAUCAGCAGAAGAACGCCAUGAGAAGCUGUGAAGAGAUGAGGAUGGAAUCUUUGGUUUGCCCUAAACCUAUUAGAUUUGGUCUGAUGAACAGAAACCAUAUCAGACCCUUUAGGCCACAAAUUUUGAGCUAUCAAUCAGAGGUUGAAGAUUCAGGUGUUAGGGAAGAUCUUCUGGAUAUCAUUCUCCCCAAGGGAAAUUGCUAUAGUGAAAGAUUUGGGGACCAAUUUGGAUCAUCACCACCACCAUUUUUUUGUGGAUCUCCACCUAGCAGGGCUUCAAACCCUGUGAUCCAAGAUGAGCAAUUUGGCAAUGGCAAUGGUCAUGGGAAUUUUAGUCCAUUUUCCAUGGCACCCUCUUCACCAUCUUCCUCAGCUAGAGGUUGUGCUCCAAUGAAGAAGUUUGGUCACACACAAGCUGCAGUGAGGAUUGAAGGUUUUGAUUGUCUCAAUAGGGAUAGGAGCAACUGCAGCAUUUCAGCUGUUGCAUAAUUCAUUUUACAACAACAAAGAAAAAGAAGAUAGAGUUCUAAAAGCAAGUGGAGAUUUUUGGUGUCAGAGGAAGCUAAUCUUAAUUCAAUGUUUUCUUGUAAUAUAUGUAAAUAUCAAUUGGUCUGUGGAAAAAUUGUUCAUGAGUUAAGGUGUCAUGUAAAAUUGAGAUGGUGAGAACUUUUUUUUUUUUAAUUUGAAGAAUAAAAAGAGGUCAUGUUUAUUAUUAGAGGGAGGAAAAGAUCAAGUAAAAGUCUUGUUCUUUCUCUCUAGUUAGGUUUAUAAAAAGGGUAUUUAGAAUGAAACCUUCAUGUGGAUUUCAUUAAGAGAGUUUGUAACUGUGAUUAUGUAUUUGAAACUCUAGCAUAUCCUCCUUUUGUAAUUGUAAUUUGGAGGAAAAUGAGGGUUAAUAUCUGAAAUCUUGUAAUAUAUGUUUUUUUGUGGGUGCCUUCUUUGUAAGUGUCACCUAUUUGAUAAUAUCAAAGAGAUCUUGUUUAUACUUAA